CGUGGUGCUGCGCUGUGAGCGCUCACACGGAGGGCGAGUGAUGGGAGACUAACUCAGUCCCUGACAGCGCGUGUCGCUCACCUGGCGAAAUUUUCAUUCACUGUUUUAUUUUUAUUUUUGGCUUCAGGUUUUCUUUCCUGUUAAGAAUAAAACUAUUCAUCCUAUUCUGCAGGCUGAACUGGAAGUGAGACAGGGGGGUUAACGCGCGCCGCUCAAUUCAAUAUCAAUUUUCAUACUGGGCAGAAUUUGUGAUUGGGAAAUUGCGCAUCGACUGUUCACUACCUGAACCAUGGGAGAGGAGUGAGUCGCCUUUGCCAAAAUGCCUGUUAACUGGAAUAUAACUUUUUCACGGCGGUCCUAUGGAAUAUAGUCCGAUUUUACACAGUCUACAUGUUGUGCCAUCAUCCCACGUGAAAAACAAACUCUUUGUGUUCUGCAUAAUGCUGUCCCUUUGGGUGUAUAUGAUUUACUGUUGUGUCGGCUACUGCUCAACUAUGCCAAACCUGCCGUACGGCUCGGUGAACAGACACGAAAGCGAUGCAGAAGUUGACAAUCACGAGUCCUCUUUAGGGGCGUCCAGGGACUUGCUGAAUAACGAAAACGAUUUGGACAGCAGAGGAGAUGAGUGGGAUGAAAUUAGAGGCGAGGCGAAGGCGUUGGAUGAUAAUGCCAUGUCAGGUUUCCUCAAUGAGUCGGAAAGUAAAAAGUUGCCCCAGGCCAUCAUCAUCGGGGUGAAGAAAGGAGGGACCCGUGCGCUACUGGAGUUUCUGCGCCUGCAUCCAGACAUCAGAGCGGUGGGAGCAGAGCCGCACUUCUUCGAUCGCAACUACGACAAGGGACUGGAGUGGUACAGGGAAUUGAUGCCCAAGUCAUCAGAGGGCCAGUUGACCAUGGAAAAGACCCCCAGCUAUUACGUCACCAAGGAGGUCCCUGCUCGAAUCCACACCAUGUCUAAAGACAUAAAGCUGAUUGUAGUCGUUCGGGAUCCUGUCACACGAGCCAUCUCAGACUACACCCAGACCCGCUCCAAAAAGCCAGAUAUCCCCUCUUUCGAGAGCCUGACCUUUAAGAACAUGUCAGCAGGUCUGAUUGACACCACGUGGAGUGCUGUUCAAAUUGGCAUGUAUGCCAAGCACCUUGAGCGCUGGCUCCAAUUCUUCCCAAUGGAGCAACUGCUGUUUGUUAGCGGAGAGCGUUUGAUUAGCGAUCCUGCAGGCGAAAUGGCUCGCGUUCAGGACUUUCUUGGGCUCAGGAGGGUGGUCACAGAGAAGCAUUUCCACUUUAACCCAGCAAAGGGCUUCCCUUGCCUUAAGAGACCUGAGGGGAACAGCAAGCCACACUGCCUGGGCAAAACCAAAGGCAGGACCCAUCCUAACAUUGACCCAGAGGUGGUGCAGAGGCUAAGGGACUUUUAUAAACCCUUUAAUAGCAAGUUUUACCAGAUGACUGGUUAUGACUUUGGCUGGGACUGAAUGAAAACUAUGAUGACAGACUCAUGCUGGUCCCUUGUCUGUUUCAGUUUUUUUUUUGUUUUUUUGUUUUUUUGUGUUUUUUAAAUAAUUUUAUCAUUCUGGAGAUAUUGUUAUACAGUGUAUGUACAGUAUUUGGUGGAUAUGUAAAAAAGUUCAGAAGUCUAUUUUAUGAUAAUUUAUUGUUAUGAUAUUAACUCACUAAGCUGCCUAACUGGGUUUAUUCAUGAUCCACCACACAUUUUUUGUCCAGUUUUUAUUCUCAUUACAUACGUAAACAUUUUUAUAAAAGCACAAUGUUUUUACGGGUAUUACAAGCAGGGUCAGUAUCCUUCUUUUGGCUUCAUGUGGAUAACCACUUCUCUUUCUUUUACUUUCCCAAAUGCAGCUUUUGCUUCACCUUAAAGUGAGUGAGAUCCAACUUUUCAAACAACUGGUAAUAUCCCCUUAACAUUUGCCUGACCCUCAGAGGUCUGUGGACCCACUUAGUCAGGUCGAUACAGGCCUCAGCUGAUCCAGUGCCACUUGCCAGGUGGAUCAAUACAGUAAUAGCUCCUAAUCAUGUCAGUUAGACCUGAGUGAUGGCACUGCCUUGAUCCCUCUGGCACUGCAAUAAAACAUGGAUCCAUUAAUGGCAGUAAGUUUAUGGUUGACCCUUGAGCCAACUUCAAGUUAAUACAAUAAUAUAAAUUUCCACUGCAAUGUUUUGACUUAACCACUAUUUAUACUGUUUCUACAAAGGAAUGUUGAUUAGGAUCCAAUAGAGGCUCCUGUCACGAUACUUUUUGGAUGAUUUUAUCCUUUUUCCAAAAACCUGCUGCACAGGCUUCAUAAUGCCUGAUCCUUUAUUGCUCUUUCCAAACCGAAAAUGAUUCAUAUGACUCAGUUACAUUCAGUGAUCUGUACUGAAAUGGCACACGAGAAUCAUUCUGUACUGCUGUUUGUUUGUUUUUUUAAAUGACAGGUGACACUUGACGUGUUAAUGAUGCCCUUAUCCAAGAUACAUUAGCUGAUAGAGCAAUGGCUACAUGAAAAUAAGCAUUUCUUUUAAUAUUUUUACUACUACUUUCAGUGGUACCUGAAGAGAAUAUAAGCCAACCUACCUUCAGCCAAUAUUUACAUUUCAUGUAUGGUUGAGUUUUAUUCAACCUUUUUUACAUUCGUCAGCAUCUUAACAGACAUCAUUUCACAAUGAUGUACUGCGACCCCGCUAUUGUAGAGGCACUAUUUUGCUGUACACAUUGCUUUACAAACAUGGAAAUGAAGCAGGUUUGACUGAGAAGUUGAUUCAAAGGUGCAGUCAUGUCAUUUUUAUGAAGUAAGAAAUAAAUAAGUU